CGUGGCUUGCUGAGUCACAGCGGCUCAAGUGAGGCGCACGAAUGCGCGAGUCUGACAAUCGCACACACGCGGCCGACAAGCCUGUAGGAGACGGCACGGAAGCGGGCUUCGGGCAACAACAGCCGUGUCUCAGAAUUAAGGACGCAGCAAAAUGCUUGCUAGGCGGCUGCUACGGGAGGAAAAGACAAACAGCUGACGGAAUUCACCGCUGUGGAUAUUGACAGACCUUGUGUUGGAAAACAUGGUUGAGAAGGGGAGGUGCGCUCGUGCUUUUGCUGACGUCUAGAGCGGGGUGGACAGAGACGCACUCGGCGGCUCACCGAUACAAGAAAUAACAAUAAUACCCUGAUUCAUUUUGGUCAUUCGCGCAGUUGCUUGUGAACGCUGAAAGAAUAUGACCAUGUCUACUGGACAAGAUGAAAGCUCGGUCCGAGUGGCUCUGAGGAUCCGACCCCAGCUGGCCCGGGAGAAGAUCGAGGGGUGCCACAUCUGCACGUCGGUGACGCCGGGGGAGCCCCAGGUGACCCUGGGGAAGGACAAGGCCUUCACCUACGACCACGUCUUCGACAUGGACGCCGGGCAGGAGGCCGUCUACACCCACUGCACCGAGAAGCUGAUCGACGGCUGCCUGGAGGGCUACAACGCCACCGUGUUCGCCUACGGGCAGACGGGCUCGGGGAAGACCUACACCAUGGGCACGGGGUUCGACGUCAGCAUCGACUGCGAGGAGCUGGGCAUCAUCCCGCGCGCGGUGCGCCACCUGUACCGCGGCAUCGAGGAGCGGCGGCGGGCGGCGGCCGAGCAGGGCCGGCCCCUCCCCGAGUUCAAGAUCAACGCCCAGUUCCUGGAGCUGUAUAACGAGGAGGUGCUGGACCUGUUUGACUCCGUGCGCGACCCCGAGGCCAGGAAGCAGAGGUCGCACAUCAAGAUCCACGAGGACGCCGCCGGGGGGAUCUACACUGUGGGAGUGACCACGCGCACCGUCAACUCGGAGGCAGAGAUGAUGCAGUGUCUGAAGCUGGGCGCUCUCUCUCGCACCACGGCCAGCACGCAGAUGAACGUUCAGAGCUCGCGGUCCCACGCCAUCUUCACCAUACACCUGUGCCAAGUGCGCGUGUGUGCCCCCGACAGCGACCAGGACCAGAAGGACAACAGGAUGGCAAACGGCUCCUCGGAGAUGAACGAGUUCGAGACGCUGACCGCCAAGUUUCACUUCGUGGACCUGGCCGGGUCCGAGCGGCUGAAGCGGACCGGGGCGACGGGGGACCGGGCCAAAGAGGGCAUCUCCAUCAACUGCGGCCUGUUGGCGCUUGGCAACGUCAUCAGCGCCCUGGGGGACCGGAGCAAGAGGGCGACGCACGUGCCGUACCGCGACUCCAAGCUCACGCGCCUCCUGCAGGACUCCCUGGGCGGGAACAGCCAAACCAUGAUGAUCGCGUGCAUCAGCCCGUCGGACCGGGACUUCAUGGAGACGCUGAACACGCUCAAGUACGCCAACCGCGCGCGCAACAUAAAGAACCGCGUGGUGGUGAACCAGGACAAGGCCAGCCAGCAGAUCAGCGCCCUGCGCACAGAGAUCGCCCGGCUGCAGAUGGAGCUGAUGGAGUACAAGACGGGCAAGCGGAUGGUGGGCGAGGACGGCAUGGAGAGCAUUAACGACAUGUUCCAGGAGAACUCCAUGCUGCAGACGGAGAACAACAACCUGCGCGUGCGCAUCAAGGCCAUGCAGGACACCAUAGACGCUCAGAGGGCCCGGCUCACGCAGCUGAUGAGCGACCAGGCCAACCAGGCGCUCGCUAGAGCAGGUGAGGGGAGUGAGGAGAUUGGGACCAUGAUCCAUAAUUACAUCAAGGAGAUUGAAGAGCUCAGGGCGAAGCUGCUGGAGAGCGAGUCGAUGAACGAGAACCUGCGGAAGAACCUGUCCCGCGCCUCCGCCCGCUCGCCCUUCUACGGGGGGCCCGGGGGCCCCGCCUUCCUGCCCGCUGAGAACGACACCUCUGACAUCAUCGAGAUAGCCAAGAAGGACGUGGAGAAGCUCAGGAAGAAAGAGAGGAAGAAGAAAAAGAGGCUCCGGAUGCUGGGCGACGUUCAGCAGGAGGAGAAUGCAGGCCACAGUGUCAUCAAAGAGGAGGUUCCUGAUAACGAGCAACCAGCCAAUGUGGAAGCAGAGAUGCAGGAGCGACAGGAAGGAAGCGAUCACGAAGAAGGCGACGAGGAAGACGAAGACGAGGAAGAAGAGGACAUGGAGAUGGACGAGAGUUCGGACGAGGCGGACUCUGAGCUGGAGGAGAAAGAGGACUUCCAGGCCGACCUGGCCAACAUCACCUGCGAGAUCGCCAUCAAGCAGAAGCUGAUCGACGAGCUGGAGAACAGCCAGCGGCGGCUGCACACGCUCAAGCAGCAGUACGAGCAGAAGCUGAUGAUGCUGCAGAGCAAGAUCCGCGACACGCAGCUGGAGAGGGACCGCGUGCUGCAGAACAUGGGCUCGGUGGAGACCUUCACCGAGGAGAAAGCCAAGAAGAUCAAGUCGGACUACGAGAAGCGGCUGACCGUGAUGAACAAGGAGAUGCAGAAGCUGCAGUCUGCGCAGAAGGAGCACGCCCGGCUGCUGAAGAACCAGUCGCAGUACGAGCGGCAGCUCAGGAAGCUGCAGCAGGACGUGACCGAGAUGAAGAAGACUAAGGUCCGUCUGAUGAAGCAGAUGAAGGAAGAUCAGGAGAAGAACCGGGUGAAGGAGCUGAAGCGGAGCCGUGAAAUCGCUACGCUGAAGAAGGACCAGCGCAAGCAGGAGUUCCAACUGAAACAGCUGGAGGCCCAGAAGAGACAGCAGGAGCUCGUACUGCGCAGGAAAACUGAGGAGGUGACGGCCCUGCGGCGUCAGGUGAGGCCUCUCUCGGGGAAGCCUAGCCGCAAGGUGAGCUUACCCGAGCCUCUCCAGGACCCCUCCUCCCGGACCCCCGGGGGGCGGAGCCAUGCUGCCGGUGCGAUCGAAACCAGGAAGAACCAGAGGAGCGCAGUGGGCGUGUACUCCACCAGGGGGGCGCGGACCAAGUGGCAGUUGCUGGAGCGACGCGUCAGUGACAUCAUCAUGCAGAGGAUGACCAUCUCUAACAUGGAGGCCGACAUGGACCGCCUGCUCAAGCAAAGAGAGGAGCUGACCAAACGGAGGGAGAAAGUGUCCAAGAGGAGGGACAGGGUGGCCGGGGAGGGGCCCGACGCCGACAGGACCCGCCUGUCCCUGGGCGAGGAGCUGGAGGCUCUGACCGCCAACAUCGACUACGUCAACGACAACAUCGCCGAGUGCCAGGCCAACAUCAUGCAAAUGGAGGAGGCCAAGGACGAAGGGGGCGUGGUGGACGUCGCCACGGUGAUCAGCACCUGCACCCUGUCGGAGUCCCGCUUCCUGCUCGAGCACUUCCUGUCCAUGGCCAUCAGCAAGGGGCUGCAGGCAGCGCAGAAGGAGUCCCAGAUCAAGGUAAUGGAGGGCCGGCUGAAGCAGACGGAGAUCAACAGCGCCACCCAGAACCAGCUGCUCUUCCACAUGCUGAAGGAGAAGGCGGAGCUCAACCCCGAACUGGACGCCCUGCUGGGGAACGCCCUGCAAGAACUAGGUAACGCACCCGCUGAGGAAGGAGAGGAGAGCAGCAGUGAUGAAUCGGCCCAGAGUCCCUCCACUGAAGGAAGCUCGUUGGCCACUGACCUCAUGAAACUAUGUGGAGAGACCAAGCAGAGGAGUAAGGCCCGGAGGAGGACCACCACGCAGAUGGAGCUCCUGUACGCGAGCAGCGGCGACCCCGCCCUCGACGCGCCCGGCGGCGAGUUCCCCGCCCCUCUCCCGCCAGUGGCCGAGGCCCAGGAAGUGGGCGGGGACCCGAGGUCGGCGGGGGCGUCGCUCGGAGACCGGGACCCCGUGGCCCCUCCCUCGGGCGUUCCCUCCAAGCUGGUCAGGAGCUCCAGUCCCAGACCCCUGGCUGUGCCAGAGAGGAGGGCUCCUGAGACCUCCCCGCUCACCAGGAGGAAGGGGCAGGCGGUGGCUGACAAGGCCAGGGAGAAGGAGCUCAAACAGGUGGACGAGAGCGAGUCUUCUGCACCAGAGGACCACAGGGGCGUGAUCAACCCGGCGUCGUCCGGGCGGAGCGGGCAGGGGGCGGGGCUACGGUGCGUGCACGUGGCCGAGGGGCACGCCAAAGGCGUGCUGUGUGUGGAGUCCACCGACGACCUGCUGUUCACCGGCUCCAAGGACCGCACCUGUAAGGUGUGGAACCUGGUGACGGGGCAGGAGAUCAUGUCGCUGGGAGGCCACCCCGGCAACGUGGUGUCGGUGCGCUACAGCUCCAGCCUCGUCUUCACCGUCUCCGCCGCCUACGUCAAAGUGUGGGACAUCCGCGACUCGGCCAAAUGCGUCCGCACCCUCACCUCCUCCGGCCAGGUAACCCCGGGCGACGCCUGCGCGGCCAGCGCCGGCCGGACGGCCGCCGUCCCGGCGGGGGAGGCCCAGAUCAGCCAGGCGGCCCUCAACCCCGCCGGGUCCUUCCUGUACGUCGCGGCGGGGAACGGCGUCCGCAUGUGGGACCUGAGGAGGUUUGUGUCCACGGGGAAACUGACGGGACACCAGGGCGCCAUUACGUGCCUGACCGUGGACCAGACGAGAAUCGGGCAAGACCUGGUCCUUACCGGAUCCAAGGACCGCUACAUCAGAAUGUUCGAGGUGUCCGGCGGGGCGCAGGGCAUCGUGGCCCCGGCCCACAGUUUGGAGCCGCCCCACGCAGACGGGGUGGAGUGCCUGCUGGCGCAGGGGGACGCCCUCUACAGCGGGGCCCGGGACGGGGGCAUCCGGAAGUGGGACCUGUCCCGAAAACACCUGCGGGAGCAUGUGGCGACUGCGCACAGCGACUGGGUGUCGGCGCUGGGCGUGGUGCCAGCCUCGCCCGCCCUGGUGAGUGGGUGCAGGGACGGGGUCCUCAGGCUGUGGCACACGGGUUCCCUGGGGCCCCUGGGAGAGCUGAGGGGCCACGAGGGGCCCAUCAACGGCAUCUCAUCCAACAGCAGCCACGUCUACACUGCCUCAGAGGACCAGACGGUGAAGAUCUGGCAGGCGCAGGGGGCGCUGGAGCCACCCCGCUAACCCGGCGGCGUCGUGCACUCUGAUACGGGGGGGCGUCGGGUGUCCUGACCGGGCCCCGCUGGCCGAGACGCCUCCCCUCCGCUUCCUCCAGCGUAACCGUAGCGACCCGAUCAGCGAGCUUUCCAAAAGCGCGAAGCGCAGGGGUCCUAAUCCGGCAGCUCCUCGGCACAAAGCAUCGGAAGCCUCCCUGGUGUGUCUAAAGUACACCGCCGGAGAGAUCGCUGCCAAAUAGGGUCCCUGCUAAGUAUGGCUCUGUGAAAUGUGAUCCUGCUAAAUGCGGUCCGGCUAAAUAUGCUCCUGCUGAAUACCAGUGAUCAGUGAACCCGUGUGCGUUGCCUGCGAGGGGGAAUAGGAUUCUGGAGCUGGUCUCUAGGCUUAAAGGUCAAAGGUCACACAGCAGUGCCUGCUGUCUCUGUAGUUAGGGAAGUCUUAAGGUGAAGUUGGUUUAAGCUUAAAUCACUCACAGUUUAAGUGUUUAGGGUCUCCAUUAAUGUCUGUCUGAACCUGCAAAACAGCAGGACGGCCGAAGUAUAUAUUCGUCGCUAGAUGUCCCAUCCUGUCUCGAAAUGUCUCUCCUCUGUUUUAAAGCUAAGCUUCCAUGUUCACAUCUACUCAGAGAAUUUCAGUACCCUUGCUCGCACAUCCACGUCAGCGGUCUGAGUAUUCUGCACGUACGCGGGUUUGUUAUUUUCCACCGUCACUGUCAUUGUCUUUUUUUUGUUUCGUUUGUUUGUUUUGUGUGAUUCUGCGUGACUCGGACUUUGAACCAAUGAAUUUGCUGCUAAGUCUUCUGUACACUUUGUGUUCCCCCCCCCCCCCCCUCCGACCACUAAGAUGGCGUUCGCCCAGGCGAAGGCCGCCGGGUACAGAUUAAGUUUGACGUCCGGAGAGUUUCACGACCUGUUUCGUGUGCGGAGAGUUCACCCCGUGCCCCGUACUGUAACCGCACACGGUGAAGUUGGGCAAACCUCCUCGCGUGCGUGAAGUGUGUGUUUGGUGUCGCGCCGUUUGCGUAUCAUUUCAAAAAACUGUAUAUAUGUGUUUGGGUUUUUUUUGUUUUUUUUCCUGUUCUUUUCUUCAGUUUUAGUUGUGGAAAAAUGACGGUUGUUUUUGCCGCUCUCGUGUAAGAUGUCACGUGAAAUAAAUGCCAUCUGCGAAAAAUAA